AAUGAACAUUUCUAAGAUUCUUUUCUCUCCAAUAAAAUAAAAGAAUCACGUCUAAACCACGCACAAAUACUCAUCCGACAAGUCCAACGGGUACGGGUCGAAGAAGUCGGGUAUUGUCGGAAAACAUGGCGCGCUGAAAAUACAAUAUUUCCUAUUUCAUCGGCUCCCCAAUUUUAUCGCAUUUUUUUUACAUACAAUUUUACAAUUACAAGAACCACUUUAAACACACGUAUGAUUAUUAUGUAUCACAAAAUACAUGUUUUUUUCCCCAUCAAUUAUCUCUUCUUUUCCAUUCAUAUAAAACCCACCAAGAGUCAACUUUCCCUUCUUUUCUUUUUUUCUUUUUUUCCCAAAAUAAACUGAGAUUUUUUUGAGUGAAAUAGAAAUACCCAUUAUUGUUAAUCAUCCAAAAUAGCCUGCAACACCAUUGUUUUGUUAUUAUUUGUUCAUUUUUGUUUUGUUCUUACUUUCUUUCUUGGUGUUUGCAGGUGAGAUUUCUUUCAUAAAGUUUUGUUCUUUAUUGUGUGUAAUUAGAAUUUAUAUGAAUCUUGAUUAAUUUUGAGGGAAUUGAAUAUGCAACAUAACAUAUUUACAACGAUGCGUAGUUUGAAAAUGAUGGAAGGGUGUAAAGGAACACAAGUAUAUGCAAUUAAUCCAAAUGGAACAACGACUAAUGGAUUUGGUAGUGGUGGUGAGAAAUUUUUACAGAAUUUGUUAUCGAAUUCUGUAAGGUCUAGAUCUAAUCGUAAUUAUCAAGAAAUUCAAUCGAAAGAUGAGGUUAAUUCUGUUGUUUUAGCUGAAGCUCUUGCUAGUUAUGGAUUGCCAAAAACUGAUCAAAUUGAGCCCCACAUUGAGUUUUGUUUGAAACCUAUGAAUUUUGUGGAGACAUUAGCUGAUGUUUAUUGUAGGAUGGAAGGUUGUGCUCAAUUUGGAAAGUCAAAGAUGUAUUUAGAGCAAUGUGCAUUGUUUAGGGGCUUACCUGAUCCGAAACUGUUUAGGAAAUGCCUUAUGUCAGCUAGGUUGCAUGCUGUUGAUGUGCAUACGAAGGUUGUUCUUUCUGCGUGGUUGAGGUUUGAACGAAGGGAGGACGAGUUGGUUGGUGUAUCGGCUAUGGAUUGUUGUGGACGAAGCAUGGAAUGCCCCGGGAGCGCUUUGGUGGCGGGGUAUAAUCCUGAAUCCGCUACUGAUCCUUGUAUGUGCCACCGGGGUGUGAAAAAAGAUGAGGAUAUUGAAGUUUACAUGGAUGAAGAAUGCUCGACUUCAUCGAGUCGUGGUAAUGAUGAGGAGGAGGAUUUUGACAUGUCGUUUUGCAUUGGGGAUGAUGAGGUCAGGUGUAGGAGAUUUAACAUAGCAUCACUUUCUAGGCCGUUUGAAGUCAUGUUGUAUGGUAGCUUCAUGGACUCGCGAAGGGAGAAAAUAAAUUUUUCAAAAAAUGAGAUUUCUGCAAAGGGGAUGAAAGCUGCUGAGAUUUUUAGCAGAACGAAAAGUGUGGACUCUUUCGACCCAGACGUUGUCCUAGAGCUCCUGUCAUUAGGUAAUAAGUUUUGUUGUGAUGAGAUGAAGUCUGUUUGUGAUGCGUAUUUAGCGUCUUUGGUCUUUGACAUGGAUAGCGCUAUGUUGCUUUUUGAAUAUGGGCUGGAGGAGAAUGCAUAUCUUCUAGUGGCAGCAUGUUUGCAGGUAUUUUUAAGGGAACUUCCGAAUUCAAUGCACAAUCCAAACGUGUCAAGGCUCUUCAGCAGUUCAGAAGGUAAGGACCGAUUAGCUUACGUAGGACAUGCUUCCUUUUUGCUCUACUAUUUUCUGAGCCAAGCAGCCAUGGAGGAUGACCUGAAAUCGAACACAACUGUAAUGCUGUCGGAAAGGAUGGGAGAAUGUGCAAGUGAAAGCUGGCAGAAGCAACUAGCGUUCCACCAAUUAGGUUGUGUAAUGCUUGAAAGAAAAGAGUACAAGGAUGCCCAGAAAUGGUUCGAGGCAGCUGUAGAAGCUGGUCAUGUUUAUUCCUUAGUAGGCAUUGCCAGAUCCAAAUACAAGCGUGGCCAUAUGUACAAGGCGUAUAAGUUGAUGAACUCCCUCAUUUCUGAUUAUACACCUUCUGGGUGGAUGUAUCAGGAGCGAUCGAUGUAUUGUCAAGGAAAAGAAAAGACGAUGGAUUUGAGUACAGCUACUGAACUGGAUCCAACUCUUUCUUAUCCAUAUAAGUACAGAGCUGUUUCAAAGGUGGAGGAAAAUAGACUCGGACCAGCUAUUUCUGAGAUUAACAAAAUACUUGGAUUUAAGAUUUCCCCUGACUGCCUCGAACUUCGUGCUUGGUUUUUAAUUGCCCUGGAGGAGUAUGAAGGAGCUUUAAGGGAUGUUAGGGCACUGUUGACUUUAGAUCCCCAUUACAUGAUGUUCCAUGGGCAGCUGCAAGGUGAACACUUGGUGGGGCUUCUAAGUCAUAAUGUUCAACCGUGCAGUCAAGCUGACUGCUGGAUGCAACUAUAUGACAGAUGGUCCUUCGUAGAUGAUAUUGGCUCUUUAGCUGUUGUCCACCAUAUGUUAGCUAAUGAUCCAGGGAAGAGUCUCUUAAGGUUCAGGCAAUCUCUCCUGCUUUUACGAUUAAAUAGCCACAAGGCAGCAAUGCGUAGUUUGAGAGAAGCAAGAAACCAAGCUGCCUCUGAGCAUGAAAGGCUAGUCUAUGAGGGAUGGAUAUUAUACGACACAGGUUAUCGUGAAGAAGCAAUUGCUAAGGCUGAAGAAUCUAUCUCAAUCCAGAGAUCAUUUGAAGCCUUUUUCCUGAAAGCAUAUGUGUUAUCAGAAACAAGUCCUGAUUCUGAGUCUUCGUUGUAUGUUAUACAACUUCUUGAGGAAGCUCUUAGGUGCCCAUCAGAUGGUCUUCGGAAAGGCCAGGCUCUCAGUAAUCUGGCAAGUGUCUAUGUAGAUGUUGAUAAGCUAGAUAAUGCAAUUGAUUGCUACACAAAUGCACUUAAUAUUAAGCAUACACGAGCCCAUCAGGGUCUGGCACGUGUUUACCAUCUAAAAGAUCAGAGAAAAUUAGCUUAUGAUGAGAUGACAAAGUUGAUUGAGAAAGCAAAAUAUAAUGCAUCUGCUUAUGAGAAGCGGUCUGAAUACUGUGAUCGUGAAAUGGCAAAAAGUGAUCUUAUUAUGGCAACAAAGUUAGAUCCCCUCCGGACAUACCCAUACAGAUACAAGGCAGCUGUUCUGAUGGAUGACCAUAAGGAAGCCGAGGCUAUAGCGGAGCUAACAAAAGCCAUUUCUUUCAAGCCAGACUUACAACUGCUCCAUCUUCGAGCAGCAUUUCAUGACUCGAUGGGUGACCUCACAUCUGCAAUUCGAGAUUGUGAGGCAGCCCUGUGUCUCGACUCAAACCAUGCAGAUACACUUGAUCUCUAUCAGAAAGUACAGCAACGAGCUAAAGAACAACUACCAACGUGAAGGAGCAAAGAGAUCCGUAUUGAGCUUCUUCUUCGUGAUUGUUGUAAUGGAUGUCGGCGCCUAAAUUUUUUUAUGGUGCACACAGGGCCAAUACAUAAUCAUGUGAUGGAGUUUGAAAAUUUUCAUGUCAUAGAGAAAUUCAAACUAGAUUUGCAAUGGCCAUUAUGCCUGCUGAAAUUAGAAAUUGAACUCUCGAAUGGAGAGAGCUACUGAAAAGAGAAUGACUGAAUCAACUGUACAUAACUUUUUUGGUCAACCAUAGAGAAAUAUUUGUGAAUUUCAUAGAGCAGAGGACUCCAUUUACUUGUUUUUCUCCUGUUGCAAAGAUAGAGUUCAACAAUGCAUGUAUCUUCAGAAUUUGUACGUCAGAACUGCAGCUUGCAAUGUAAGUCUAAACUUUGUUGAGACUGUUCUGUAUGUGUUUAAGAGACUGUUUUCUACUAAGCAAAUAGAUUUCAGGUAAAAUUAUGAGACU